AUGGGAGUCACGGAGCCAUACGUCACUCUCAGUCAUUGCUGGGGCGAUGCCUCCAGGCAGGUUACCUUAACGUCGGAGAAUCAAUCUCGGCUCCAACGAGGCGCCCCUAUCUCAGAGCUGCCGGCCACAUUUCGCGAGGCUGCAGACGUCACCCGUUACCUCGGUUACCGGUACAUCUGGAUCGACUCCCUAUGCAUCAUCAAGAGCGGAGAAGGGGCUGCCGAGGACUGGGCUCGUGAAGUCCGAACCAUGGCCUCGGUCUACCGAAACUGCGUCCUUAACCUGGCCGCCUCGGAUGCGCAAAGCUCGGCCGAUGGCAUGUUUCGGCGGGGGUCCCCUGAUGUAGUUAGGCCACUCUGCGCCGACAUACCGGUUCCGAUCUUGGAGGGGACGGCGGAUUGCGCUGGCGAGUCUCAGCAGAUUGUCGGCCGCAUGUAUAAGCGAGCCUGGGUCUGCCAGGAACGCCUCCUCUCGGUACGGAAGGUCCACUUCACGCGCAGAGAGAUUCUCUGGGAGUGCUGGAGUCCCCUCGCGUCCGAGUCAUUCCUGUCUGGUAUCGACAAGGAGCAUACUCUCGUUCAGACGCACCGCACGGCCUUCGCCUACGACCCUGGCGAGCCCGGCGAGAGCGCGCUCAACUGCAUGGAGUCAAACUGCACACCGUUGCUAAAGAGUCCGCCGGGGACGUGGACAGCCCAUGACCGAGCGGCGCAGACGCAGCUAUGCUUUAAACAGUGCUACAUGUUCCUCGCUCGCGUCCCGGCCCCGGAGCUGGCGAAGAACCACAUCGUCACGGAGGUCGUUGACGUGCAUGCGGAUCUGUCUGACUCCCAGAACCCUUAUGGCAGAGUAACGGCAGGUUAUAUGGUGCUCCGCGGCCCACUCGCACCGAUACCUGUCGUAACCUGUUCCGUGGUGCCCGGCGUGUCCAAGUGGGUCUGCAUCAGAGGCCUUGCCAGCGCGUAUCACAUCCUCUACUUCGAUGCAGCACUACUAGAAGCGGUGUGGAAGCGACAUGUUGAUAGUUCUGUCAAUCUCAUGCCUAUCGCCUGGCGGAACUCGCCGACCAUGGGGCCCACGAACCCGCUGGGAAUGCAAGAAUACGGACUCAUUCUUCUGCACAACGAUGAUGGCAUCUAUCGCCGUAUAGGCAUCUUCCAUGGGUCAGUCCUGUCGGACUCUGCCCAGAGUGAGGAGUGGGGCGGUUGGCCAACACCCAAUUGGAGGUAUCCAGAGAGGCUGGUUCGCGAAUGGUACGGCCCAUCCUCGGUGUUCUACUUCAUCGGGCGAAUGGAAAAGCGUGGCACACAGCAGCAGCAGCAGCAAUGGCAGUCAGGGCCGGAGCCAGAGCUUGAGGGGGACGACGACACCAGGAUCGUCGACGAAGCGGCAUUUCGCGAGCACUAUCGGUCUCUCUGCUUAGACCCGCCGCCGGGGUGCUUCCGCAAGCCCAGCGCGCUCGUCGACAUCAUGGUCGCCCUUUGCAUGCAAUAUGGCAUGGCCUUUCUCCCUUACCACGAGACACCCGUGCCGGCUAAUGGUAAUAGUGGUAAUGGUGGUGGUGGGGAGAGCGGGGAGAGCGAGGACGCCAGCAGCGCCGACGACGGCACUCUUGCCGGCUGGCGGCACUACCAGCGCUGCCGAGCCCUGGUUGAGGCCGAGAUGGAGCGCCCGACGCUGUCGACGGUGCAGUGUCUCUCCUUCUGCGUCCUCUAUCUCCGCUGUGCCAGCUUCCAGAACACGGCGCACCAUCUGCUUGCCCUAGCGGUGCGCAUCGCCUGCACGCUCGGCUUGUGCCGGGAGUUGCCCCCGCACAUGGACAUACUGCGGCCGGAGAAGGAGCUGCGGAAGCGCCUCUGGUGGACGAUCUACCUCACCGAGGCCGAGACGUGCAUGAAGCUCGGCCGUCCGUGGAGCACCGCCGACGGUCAGAUGUCGUGCAGCCUGCCGGUCGACGAUCACGCACUGGCGCUGCGGAGCGGCGGCUCCCACACGGCUUCCAUCACCGUCGACGGCACCACCGUGACCUGGCUGACCUAUACGCUUCAGAACGCAAAGUUGGUUCUGGCGGCGCGGGACGUUACAUAUGACGAUGGUGCUGCCGCACUCGAAACCGUGGCGGCCGACGCGCUUCGCUGUGGCAUGGACGGACCCGGCGGGCUGGCGGCGUGGCUGCGAGAUGUGCCAACGGCCAUGAAGAUGCAAUGCCUCGGAAAUGGCCUCCCUUUCUCGACUGACCUGAGCCGUCUCGACAUCGCGAUGUUUGCGCCCGCAUGGUUGCAGCGCCAGCGGCUGUUCCUCGAGCUCCUUUACCACACGUUCAUGAUCAACUUACAUCGGCCCUUCAUCGCCUUUCCCGCUGCUUCUAAGUCAGCGUCGUCAUCUUCGGCACCCACCCCCGGCCCGCUGGCCAUAGCCCACGCUACGACGGCGGCCUGCCACUGCAUCGUCAUCACCGCCAUUCUCCGCCAGAUCCUCACCGAGACGGACCUUCUCAGGGGUUGGUACGAAGCCUUCCAACAGCAGUGGAACGCUGCCACCACCAUGAUUGGUUUCCUGCUGGUGUCUCCCAAGAGUCCCGUCCCGUCGGGCCGCGGGCGUUGCCUGGGCCCAUCUAGCACCUCAUUCAGCGUGAAGCAGUAUAUACACAUCCACGCCAAAUAUAUCACAAGUAAAGCCAUAGUUGUCGAAACGAGUCGAGAAGUCAAAAUUACAGAUCUUCCGGAACGCGCAGAGAAUCGGCCAACCCAGCGCCAAGGCAGGAACUUAGCCUACGCGACAUGGCCACAGCCGCCGUUUGAAAGCGCAGCUCCGGGUGGGCCCCCGAGUCCUGUGAGCCCGGGCUGGGCUGAAUCCCCAACUGGACGUGAGGCAAGCCGUCCUCAAGUGACGCCAUCUAGCAGUGAACCUCUACGUUUCGAGAGGCCAAACGAAUCAUCCCACCUGAAAGAUCUGCCGUUUGCUGCGCGUCUGGCAGCGGCUGGAAAGAUCCACGUCUACGCUAAGACGAGGAGUCCACGAGACUACAACAUCUACCUCAGCUCCCUCCAAAGGAUGGUGAUAUGCCAGCUGCAAAAGGAACUGGCUGAGGUGGUGCGCAAGAUAUAUGCCAGCACGUGGGCCGAUAAGGACUCCAUGGAUAAGGCAAAGCAGCUUUUAACAGACUAUACCAACGCCAUCCGUGACUACGACUUCAUGACCGAGAAGUUGAAGCAAUCGGUUGAACACGGCGAGCAGGAUCCCUUUCAGAUCUCCACCACCCGCACCCUAGAGGCGCUUCUAAUGGACGAUGCCGGGUUGAUCCCGAAGGCCCAACCACCGAGCCCGCCAGAGGACCGUGCGGCGUACGAAAGGCGCCAGAACAUCCUCCCAGGGGUCUCGCGCUCAGAACACCAGCAAGCAUCCGACCUCGUCAGGUUUCUAGAACGUUUAGGGAUGGGGCUCGGGGGUGGCGUUGCCUUGAUCGUACCAAUGCUUGUCAUGGUGCUGCGCGACGAUGUUUUGACGCAGCUUCUCACCACCACGGUAGCGACGAUGCUUUUCGCUGCCUCCGUGGCCGCGUACGCGGCGGUUUUGGUCGUGUUUAUCGGGGCGAGUUCGUGA